AUGGCCGCCACAAAGACCUCCACGUCCUCCCAAUCAAAUCCCUUCAUAAAACAACUCGCCUCAAGCAACCGCACAACCCGCGACCGCGCCCUCUCCUCCCUGCGAACCUACCUCCACCGCCCGACGCCCUUCACACCCCUUGACCUCCUCAAACUAUGGAAGGGCCUCUUCUACUGCAUGUUCAUGUCCGACAAACCGCGGAACCAGCAAGCGCUGGCGCGGGAUCUCGCCUCACUCGUGGACGAACUGAAGAGCGUGGAGGGGAAGAUUGGGUUCAUCGAGGCAUUUUGGAAGACGAUGGCGCGGGAGUGGAAUGCGAUUGAUAGUUUGCGGAUGGAUAAGUAUCUCUAUCUGAUACGGUGUUUUGUGGGGAAGGGGUUUGAGGUUUGCAGGAGUCAAGGGUGGAGCGAAGAGGUUCUAAAGAUGUAUGAGGGAGUUUUGAGGGAGGAGGGUGGGCCGUUGAGUCCGAGGGAUGGGAAGGUUCCUGGGGGGUUGAAGCUGCAUGUGCUGGAUGUGUGGGUUGAUGAGUUGGAGAAGGUGGAUGAGAAGAGGGAGGCGGAUGUGGGGUGGGUUAUGUGGGUUGUGAGGAAGUUGGCGAAGGAGAGUCUGGUUAAGAGUGUGAGGGAGAGGGCGAAGGAAGCUAUUGAGGACGAGAGGCUGGAGAAAGGGAAGGCUUGGAAGAAGAUGGAAGAGGAUGUAGAAGAAGAGGAAGACGAAGCCGACGAAGGCGACUUUGGUGGAUUCGAAGAUUGA